UUGUGCAUCAGCUUCGAAUCAGUAGACAACGGAGUACGACAAUUCGCUCGCGAUUACUUUCUGCGAUUUGGACCGACAAUGUCGCAGUGGACGUCGCUGCAGGUGGGUGAAGGCGUUCUUGUGAAUGCGUGGCAGCAGCAUCAUGGCCGUAUCGGUAUGAGCAACGGAGUGCGCACGGUGCUGGAGCAUUUUGCACGGCGAGUGGUGAUGAGUGCGCCGGCAGUGCUGAAUCAUUUGUUAUCGGAAGUACAAAUGCGAAGAGCAGCGCAGGCCUCCCUUCAGACCCCCCGGAAAAAACAGAAGCGCAGAGCAUCCUCAGAGGAUGGUCGGAUGUCUUCUCGGUCGCCGGCUGCGUGUGAUGAAGAGGAAACCUUCCGGCGGAUCGCAGAUUGCAUGGUUGAGGAUAAGCCUAGUCCGCAGCAUGAAUGCGACAGCCCCAGGACUGUUCGCUUCAAAGGCUGGCACUGGCGAUUGCGUCAGCGGCCCCAAGCGAGUGUUGACGUGGAGGCAACGUGUGCGGAGGAGAGAGUCACAUAUACUGAUGGUGCUGGCCCGCGUAGACCCGUGUCACGCGCGGCCCGAAGAAAUAAUUUGAGAGUCGCUGAGUAG